AUGUCGGGCCGCAUCGACCCCGGAGAGCAAUUAGGUGCGUUGUCGGAGUACCAACUCCGAGGCUUGGUGCGUUCGGUCGAACAGGAGCUGCAGCGUCGAGAGACUCCCGUGGAUGCGCUGUCGACCCCUGCCGGGCAAGGGCUUCUGGAGACCCUGCUGAAGGGAGUUCCUCCUGGCAGCCUCGCCGGGCCUGCCGGCAGCUCCUUGCGGCGAGCUGCGCCUCAGGCGGCCUACGAGAAUGCCUUCGAAGAAUCCCGGAGACGUCUCCUCUUGCGACACUGGAAUACCCCUCUCGACGCGGUGGCGACCCCAUCUUCCCGAGUGCUGCUGGAGGCCUUGCUGCAGACUCCUGUGGACGUGCUGGCGACCCCCAAUGGGCGAGUCUUGCUGGAGGCUUUGCUGCAGACUCCCGUGGACACUCUGGCGACGCCUUCCUACGGGCAGACGUUCCUUGAGUCCUUGCUGAAGGGCACUCCGCCCGGCAGCCUUGCCGGGCCCAUCGUCGGGCCCCUCCGCCGUGCCCAGUCUCAGGCCGCACUCGCUGCGAUCCUCGGAUUUCCGACCAUCCCGCGUUGGAGCACGCAGCAGGAUGCUGACAUCCAGACCGUUCAGGAGGCCGGGAUCCAGACGAUGCAGGAUGUCAAGAUCCAGACCAUGGCCUCCGACUUGCCAGAGCAGGUGCCUUUGGAGCGCCCCCGAGAAGCUGAUUGGGAGCACACGGAGGCCUUCAGGCGGAGGAGGACGGAACAUGCAAAGGCCAUGAGAGAAGCAGAGGCCAGGGGAGAGGACAUGAGGCAGAGGAGACAGAAAGUGGCGGCGGUGUCCAUUCAGGAGGUGGAGGAACCUGUCUCAGAUGAUGAAGUGGUGAUGAUGGGGCGAGCCACACAGGAGGAUUGCGAGGAUCUCAGCAAGCUACUCGCGGAGAUGAGCGAAAAAGGUAUCGACGCUUUGGGAAGUUGUCCUUCCGAAGCAUGGGAGUUGAAGACUCAUCGCGAAGUCGUCCUGGCGGCGGUCCAGAAAAGGGGUGAGUACCUGAAGCAUGCGCCCAAGAAGCUGAAGGGUGAUCGUCACAUCGUCUUGGCGGCUGUAAAACAGAAUGGUGAUGCCUUAGAAUUCGCCGCCCCGAAGCUCAAGAAGGAUCGCGAGAUCGUCUUAGCAGCGGUGCAGGAAAGGGGCCCUGCCCUGCGCUUCGCCGCCGAGAAGCUGAAGGAGGAUCGCAGUAUUGUCUUAGCUGCAGUCACCCAAAACGGCAAUGCUUUGCUCUUCGCCGCCAAGAAGCUUCACAAUGAUCACAGCAUCUGGCGUGUUGCAAACCGUUCCGAAAGCGAGAAAGCGAAUGCGCUGGCGGCUGUUCAAUCAGACGGCAAAGCACUGCAGCACACGAAACGCGAACUUCGAAGAAAUCACGACAUCGUCUUUGCAGCCGUCAGCCACUGUGGCCUUGCCUUAGAGUUUGCCUCCGAAGAUCUCAAGAGGGACCGCAGCAUCGUUCUGGCAGCAGUAAGACAGGAUGGUCACGCCUUGCACUUCGCUGCAAAAGAGCUUCUUGCGGAUCGGGACAUUGUGCUGACGGCCGUAAAGCAGAAAGGCAUUGCGUUGCAGCACGCCCGGAGCGAGCAGAAGUGCGAUCGAGGCAUCGUCUGGGCUGCGUGCCGGCAGGACGGGAUGGCCCUGAGGUUCGCUGACCUCGCGCUGCGGAAAGACCACGCCUUUGUCCUGUCCGUUGUGGAGCGAGAGGGCUUUGCACUGGAGUUCGUCUCCGAAGAGAGGAAGAAGGACCGCGACAUCGUCCUGAUGGCAGUCCAGAAGAAGGGUGAUGCCCUGGAAUUUGCACCUAAGGAGCUAAGAGACGACAGGGAGAUUGUCUUGGCGGCAGUCAAGAAGAAUGGCCAUGCCUUGAAGUUUGCCAGCGAAAGGCUUGCGAGGGACCGGGAGAUUGUCUUAUCAGCAGUCGGGCAGGACGGCGAUGCCUUGCUGUUCGCCUAUGUGAACUGCGAGCAUCGGAUGGAUCCCGACGUCGUCAUCGCAGCCGUCGAGAACAAGCCUUGCAGUUUCCAGUUCGCCCCUCCGGACCUGCAGGAAAAUGAGGACAUCGUGCGGAAGGCCGUGAUGCUGGACGGAGGUGGGGAGGUAUUGGAGUUCAUCCCCGAGUAUCUGCAGAACAAGCCCAAACUCAGAAGUACGGUGAUGGAUGCAAUGAAGAAGAUGGGCCGUGCCUUGCAGUUCGCCAGCUGGAGGCAUCAGAAGGAUCCCGACAUUGUACUGGCCGCGGUCUCGAAUGAUGGUAGCGCCUUGGAGUUCGCCGCCAGAGACUUGAGGAAGGUGAAGAACAUCGUGGUGGAGGCAGUGAAGCACUCCGGCUGUGCCUUGGAGUUUGCGUCGCCGGAGCUUCAGAAGGAUCACUUCAUUGUUCUGGCAGCGGUCAGAAAUGACGGCGAUGCCUUGCAGUUCGCUGCCCCCGAAUUCCAAGAUGAGGAGGAUAUCGUCUUCCCAGCAGUGAAGCAGAAAGCCACCGCCUUGCAGUUCGCCUCUGACAGGCUCCGGAAGGAGCCGCGGAUCGUGGAGACAGCCGUAAGGAAGCAGGGAGAUUCCUUGCAGUUCGCCGCACCGGAGCUCCAACGAAAUGAAGGCAUCGUCUUACUUGCCGUGCAGCAGCAAGGGGAGGCCCUGGAGCACGCGGCUAGCGAUCUGCAGAAGAGCAAAAGGGUCGUCUUGGCAGCUGUAGAACAGAAUGGCAACGCGUUGCAAUUCGCUUCCGCCGAGCUGCAGAAAAACGAGAGCGUCGUCGAGAAAGCAGUUCAGCAGCACGGCCACGCCUUGCAGUUCGCUGCAGACGAGCUUCGCAGGAGCCCGAAGAUGGUGAAGCUGGCGGUGGAAAAGAAAGGCGAUGCCCUGCAGUUUGCGGCCGAAAAACUGCAGAAAGACAAGGAGAUUGUGGAAGCCGCGGUGCGACAGCAGGGUGAUGCUUUGCAGUUCGCCCACGACGAGCUGCGAAGGGAUCUGAGGAUCGUCGAGGCCGCCGUAGCACGGACCGGUGACGCCUUGCAGUUCGCCGCUGAGGAUCUUUGGCACCGUUGCGACGGGGAUGAAGAGAAGAAGCAGAGAUAUAGGAACAUCGUGAAAGAAGCUGUGAGGCAAGAUGGCACAGCCUUUCAAUAUGCCUGUGAGUGGCUGCGAAGUGAGAGGGGCUUCAUUCGCGACCUUGUCAGGGAAACGAAGGCCUUUUGGCUAUUAAACUACGUGGCCCAUGAUCUCGCAGCACAAUCCGACUUCAAGACUUUCCAAGCAGAAUGCAAGAAGGAAGCUGGCAAGGGGAUCGUGUUCACCUACUACAACAGCUUUGGUUGCUUUGCCAGGAUGCGCCAGAGCUUCGAUGCAACCUGUGCCUCCGUCCCGGGGGGCGAAGCCUACGACAGAGUGAUGGAUGAGGUAAGGAAUGCGCCGCAUGGUGACACUGCCACGGUGUGGUUUGGUGAUGAGCUGGUCCUCGGAAACUUCGCGGACAAAGGUGACGAUGGGAAGUUCCGAUGGAUGCAUCCUCCUGGAGAUUGCGGCCGUGACGGUGUGCCAGUUCCCGCUAGGGGAAGCCCGAGCUGGCAUCCAAUGUGGAACUCCAAGGUCGAGUCUCGCAGCGCGAGGCGGGACCCGCGACCGGGAGAAAAGUUCAGAUGCUGGUGCUGCCACUGGAUACGCGAAGUGCGGAAACACGCUGCACUUGGAGAAGUCAUCUGCUGUGCCGUGUCGAACAUCUACCAUCCGGACUGGGUGGAAGAGUUCCGCGCCGGCUCCUCCGAGCUCUCGGACCAGGAUGCUCACGAGCACGGCCUAGAAAGGGAAGUCUUCACGAACGGCAAGCCUGAGGGGUGGGGGGAAAGGAAGAUCAAGACUUCUGAUGGCUCUGAAUUCGACAGGAAAGCAUCUGUCCAUGAACACACCAAGAUGCCUCUGGGCGUUGGUUGCCGUUGGGAGAGAUCGGUUUUGGAUAAACUCGAGUUCCCCGUCUAUGCGUUUUUCCAGCCGUGA